CACGGUGACGUCACUGCGGAGGACGGUGCGUUGAGGUGCUCAGUCGGAUAGUGACACGCUGCUCCGUGGGAGGAAGGCGGACGGACGAUGCAUUAUCAUUAUUCGCCACCAGAUGUGGAAACCUAAUCACACAUUUACGAUACACUUCCAAACGUAUGUUUUUUUCAUGCGUUGUGACGAUAAAUAAUAAACAUCGACUGCAGCUAGGCGCAGAAAUGAUGCACUCAUAGAACCGUGGGGGCGUAGCCUGUGAGCCAAUGUCCACGCAGCGGGGCUUCUCCACCUUCCUCUGCCUCCCCUUCUUCUUCCUCCUCCAGCUCGGAAUUGGUCAUUGACGCCACCGUCUCGCGGGCACCUCGUCGGUUCUCCAGCUCCAGCGCCGGGUGGGAGGACGAGCCUCGGAUUCGGAGCCAUGCGCACGGCGACGUUUCUGCGUGGGUCGGCGCAGUGACAUCCAGCCGCGGGGGAUGGAAGGCUUGUCAUCACAUUCCUGCAGACGCAACGGACGGUGAUCAAGCAGGAGAAGCUGCAGUGUGGACGCAACACCAUCGUAUAUACGCAGCGUCUGAUCCGAGGGAGAUUGCUUCUUGUUACCAGAGGUGUCGCCUUGCGUUUCAACCUCAACAAUGGGGGAGCAGCCCAUUUACAGCACGCGGGCCCACGUCUUCCAAAUUGACCCCAACACCAAGAAGAACUGGGUGCCCACCAGCAAGCAUGCCGUUACCGUGUCCUACUUCUUCGACAGCACACGCAAUGUCUACCGCAUCAUCAGCCUGGAUGGUACCAAGGCAAUAAUUAACAGCACCAUCAGUCCCAACAUGACGUUCACAAAGACCUCACAGAAGUUUGGCCAGUGGGCGGACAGUCGAGCUAACACGGUCUACGGCCUGGGAUUCUCCACCGAACAUCAUCUGUCCAAGUUUGCAGAGAAGUUUGCAGAGUAUAAAGAAGCAGCGCGGCUUGCUAAAGAGAAAAGUCAAGAGAAGAUGGAAAUGGCCACCUCGCCCUCUCAGGAGUCUCCGGCUGGUGAGCUGUCAUCACCAUUGACCCCUGUGACUCCGCCCAUGGAAAACAUCAACGGUACAGAUGAAAUCUGUGACACGACCCCCAACUCGGACUCCAGACCAGAACCAUCACAAAAUGCGCUGGCCUUCGCUCAUAGCCCAGCGAUGACGAAACACUGGGAAGCCGAGUUGGAGGCACUGAAGGGGAACAAUGCUAAGCUAACGGCGGCGCUGCUGGAGUCGACUGCAAACGUCAAACAGUGGAAGCAACAACUUGCUGCCUACCAGGAGGAGGCAGAGAGACUACACAAACGAGUGACAGAACUCGAAUGCCAGAGCAACCAAAGCCCGGCCAUCAAAUCUCAGAAGACAGAACUCAACCAAACCAUAGAGGAACUGGAGGCAACACUGAGGGACAAAGAGGAGGAAAUGGAAAAGCUAAAAGAAGAAUUGGAAAACAUGAAUGACCUCAUGGAGCAGAAAGACACCCUCGCCCAGAAACUGGAGGAGACGGAACUCCGCAGUCGGGUGCUGGAGCAGCAACUGGCCGGGGCCGAGCAGCGGCUGGAAGAGACUCAAGAGGAGCAGGAGAAUUUCAGGAAGAGCCUGCGAACGAUGCUGGAGUUGCUGGACGGCAAGAUCUUUGAGCUGACCGAGCUCAGAGACACCCUGGCCCGACUCAUAGAGGAAGCCAGCUAAGAAAAGGAGCUGCCACACGUCUCCAUUACAGAGCCAUACAACCAUUCACAAGACCUUCCUCAUGACCGUGACCACGAUGAAGCUUUAGAGCCCCCGAACAGCUGAAUGCGGUCCUGCCCCUCACAGAUCGGAUAAAGAGAGUCAUUGAAACUGUGUAUCAUUCCUUCUUUCCAUUUUCAAUUGGACAAAUCAAAACACUGACCGUAUAUUUAUUUGGGAUAACUGUAAUUAGUCAUAGACAGGUCCACUCUGUCACCAUCUACUGGUCAGUAUGAGAAAUAUUGACGUGACCACUUCCGAUCAUUCAAAUUAGAUACAUAAGCAAUUUUUCGAGUUGAGUCUUGUGCUACGUUCUAUUUUUUUGUGUAGAGAUUAAAAUUGAAAGCAAGACGGGAGUCAAUCAGUGACUGACUGACUGACGGAAUGCCCACUUCUGCCAAUUACCAAAUGAGACACCAACCAAACACAACCAAUUAAUCAAACUCAAAUUGAUUGCUGAAAAAUCUCUUUGGUGUGUGUGUGCGAGUGUGUGUGUGUGAUUGUGGAAAAAGUAAUAACAAAAGUAUCAGCCACGUUUUAAUUGAAUAUUUUUCGAUUGCCAAUUGAUAAUGGAAAGAACAAACAAUACGCGGGUUUUCAACGAUAUCUCAUUGAAUUGUUUUUGUGAAGCAAACUCCAAGCCACUCUCACACGCCCACGUGCACACUCCCACACUCCCACUCUUUGUGCCUCAGCGCCAUCUGUUGUUUGACUGCAAGAACUACACUACAUCACAGCUUGCAGCAGCGCAUCGCGAUCUUUCGCUCGCCCCUGACAAACGCGGAAAGUCAUGAGGAAACAAUUGCUGUUAAGACGCUCAAAAUUUUUUUUGCCAAAGCUGCCAGAUUUCCUCAAAGGGUGUCCUCACGCGACGCAGAUUCAAAGUGACUCGACUGUACAGAGAAGCAACCAAGUAUCACAGUACCAGAGAAUGAAAGGACAACUUUCUACAAAAACGCAAAGCAACAUCACGGAUGCUCCCAAGUCUGGACGCACAGAGCUAUCGGCCUGUCGCCAAACUGCAUUACGAUAAGUUGAUGCGCCACCUACAGUUCUUGAUCAUACUUGGCUAGCAGUGGUCUUUCAUAUGAAAAACAAACAAACAAAAAAAUCGGUGGGGCCUUGACCUUUUACAGUAGAUGGACCCUGUACCACAAAAACGUCUCGGCCAUCAGAAGGGUCCAUUAAAUUUUCUCCAUGAAAAUAUAAUGCAAAAUUAAUCCUUAAAAAUGUUUGAAUACAACACACACAAUGUUUUAGUUAACAUUUUAGCUUCGGUAGUUGUCAGUUAAUAGUAAAAUCUGUUUAGUUCAUCUCUAUAACCAUUUUCGUCUUUGUCUGAUCGCAGACACCCUUGAAAAAGAUGGUACAGUGUUCCCCUGCUUAUUUGAAUAUCUACUCACGGUUUUCAUCUAUUUGGAGAUUUUUUUUAAAUCGCUCCUCCAUUGUUCACUGACAAAGGCACUUAUUCCUUGUGUUUUUUGGGUUUUUUUUGCACAGGCCAUAACCCCGUCUAAUAUAUAUUAUAAGUAUUGCUUUGGCACCAUCUUGUGUCAAAUAACUAUGUUGAAGUGAGUUGAGGGGCUUUGUGCAGUGCUUUUUUUGCCAGCUUGUGGCAUUCAUAAGUAAUUUUAAACCUUUUGAAGGGGCGUCAAUUACAUACACUGCUGUGCUAUUGUGUGAUGUUCAGUACUUUUACUUCCAAUUCCUCUUUUGACAAUGGAGAAGAAAAAUAACACAGACAACCCUUUGUGAUUCAACAUACAGAACAACCAAAUCAAAAUUAUAACAAGGCUAAAAUUAUAUUUUAUCAUGUUAUUAAGCACAGCAAUGACCAUGUAUGAAGGGGAUAGCUGGGAUUCUGGGGUUGUGUAACGACUCGUUGCCAAGAAGAAUUCAUGAAAAAACAAUCAUGUACUGUGGCACCUUGGGGAAGGAGGCCUCUGAGGCACCACACAGCAGAAAAGGACCUGCAGAAUCGGCAGCGACACACAAUUUAAGAAGUUAGGAUUGAAGCUAUAUUUUUAUUUAUAGUACAAAGAGGUACCUUGACUUCAACGUUGGAUUUGUUUAACUCGUAAAUCAAGGUACCCCUGUGUACAUAAAUGACAUUCUAGAAUCAUUACUCUGUGUCUUAAAAGAUUUUUUUUUUCACCACAGUGCCAUCUGCUGUAUCUGGUGAGGCAUUGCUCCCCACUUGCCCUCCAUGUUACAAUCACCACCACUUGAUCGAAGAUGUAAACCUUCCAUCGCUGUUAUUGUGCCACACGGUAAAUUUCGGAAAGCUCGGAUGGGCCUCGCGAGUGACUCGCAUCCAGACUGCUUCCACCAUCGCAGGCAACUGAGCUGUCUUCCUGCCAAACUCAGUGUGGCGUGCGUGUGUGUGUGUGUGUGUGUGUGUGUGUGUGUGUGUGUGUGUGUGUGUGUGUGUGUGUGUGUGUGUGUGUGUGUGUGUGUGGAGCUUUUGACAUUUCAGUUGAAAAGUGUGCCUUCCGAGCACACGCCAGCGGACAUACCGAAUCUUUGUACAUACAAUGUGUUUAUUUGUGCCGUGAGAGAGCGUGUUUUGAGGACCCCCCACCACACACACACACACACACACGCUGAGCAAUACCAGACAGGCUCCGCUCCGUACAACACUUCUAUGUCAUUCUAUCAGGUACUUUUUCUUCAAAUGGACUGCACACACACAAUUGCAGCUGAUCCACACCCCAACCAACAGGAAGUGAAACUGCUGUUGACCGCUAAUCUGUGUGGCAGCCCCGCUGGUCAAAAUCGUUGCAUCUCGAAGGGCUUCUCGAGUGUUCAAUCCACUUGUUGUGUGAAGUGACUUUCCACCCUCGGUGAAAUUGGCCACAGCUUUUCACUCCUGUGGGUGAACACAGAACUUUCCCCCACACCCCCUUUGAUUUUAUUUCUUUUUUACACUGGAUAUAGUAGUGAUAAAAUUAGAGACCCAUAUACGACAACUUUGUACUCGUGUAAAUGAAUUGAAGACCCUGCAGUGACUUAUUGUUGUGUAUUAACCCAUGGAAAAGUGUUACUGUAGAGUUGACUUUGUAAGCAAACGAUGACAACCUCUUGUCUAUAUCGAAACUGAAAGAGCUUAACAGUGCAAUACUCAUAUAUACCUAUACCGGGUUGAUUAUGAUGAUAAAUCCGCAGCUUCUUCUGGAAAUCUUUGCCUUUUGACUUUCAAGGUCUCCCAAAUUUUUUUAAAAAAAAACCUCACACAAGAUGCUGCAACUUCUACAGUCACAUCAUGAAAUGAACACUUUGUUUCCACUGUGUAACCACACUUUUUAACCACGUGAUGUAACUUUCACACAAUAAUUCUCUAUUUAAACUAGUUAGUUGCACAGGUUAAUACACUGGAAUAAGGCCCAUGUAUGGAACGUUAUCCAAAAUGUUGACUUUUGAAGUAGAACACCGAAAUAUAACAUGCUUAAAUUGCUGACGAAUGCCUUUGUACAGUAGUGGAUAUAAGAAGCUUUUUUCGUUUUCUUGUUUUGUAAUGUAUGGUAUUUAAUGUAGGUGACAUUAUUGUAUUUAGAGGUAUGAGAAGACUGGCAAUAUUUUUGACUAUUUAAAGUAAUUUUGAACUCAUGAUAUUAAAGACGUACCUCAGGAUAAUGAUGUUUGUACACUGGUCAGACCCCCUGCAGGAUUUAAAGAAAAUGAAGAACAUUUGGAACAAA